AUGGCUCUAUCCCGGCCCCUCCCCAGGCACAUCGCCCGUCUCUCCCCCACCUCCGCCCCCACCCCUCGGCUUUCCCGGCCUGCCCUCCCGCUGCCAUUCACGAGAUCAUACUCGGCCCCGGCGCCCCCCGGGCCCCCUUCCAAACCACCUCAGACAUCCUCCCUGCUGAACCGCUAUACCCCCUACCUCACAGCCCUAUCCCAGCGGACUGGCGUCCCUCUACCAUCACUCGGUCUCUCUUUCCUCGCCUUGCACGAGCUCACCGCCAUUCUCCCCGUCGUCGGUUUCUACUACCUCUUUGCCUCUUUUGGCGUCGGUGCUGGGCUAGUCACAUGGGUGUCUGAAGUAGGCCACGAAGAAGAGAAAGAAGGCUGGAAACCCUGGGUGAAAGAGUGGUACGAGGAAGGGGUCGCCAAGGUCGAUCGUGUGGGUAGGAGGUACGGUGUACUGGGAUACGAGAAGCAGGAGCACAAGGUUGAGGAUAGCGGGGAGACUGCAGUGGAUUCGGUAAAGACUGGAGGGGCGAAAGCCGCUGAAAAGGUCGCAGACGCGGUAGCCGCGUAUGUGCUUGUCAAAGCGCUGUUACCUGCAAGAAUAGGCCUGUCGCUCGUAGCAGCACCAGCUUUCGCUUGCUACACACUUGUACCACUCCAAAAUCUAUUCCGUCGCCGACGAUGA